AUGCAACUGAAAUAUUUACAAACUAUAUUGGAAGCGCAGGAGUUUGAUUAUAAAAUAUUAGCACUAUGUUGGUCUCCUAACAAUCAGAAAUUAGCUGUAGCUACGUGUGAUCGACAAGUAUUAUUGUAUGAUGAGAAAGGGGAGAAAAGAGAUAAAUUCUCUACAAAGCCUUAUGAUCCCGAAGCUGGGAAAAAAUCUUAUGUAAUAACAGGAAUUGCUUUUAGUCCUGAUUCAACCAAAAUAGCUGUAGCGCAAAGUGACUGUAUUGUGUAUGUUUAUAAAAUAGGAGAAAAAUGGGGUGACAAAAAGGCAAUAUGUAACAAAUUUCCGCAGCCGUCACCAGUUACAUGUAUAAUAUGGUUGUUGACAGGCCCAAUUAUUUGUGGUUUGGUAGAUGGAAAAGUAAGGGGUCUGCAAAUAAAAUCUAAUAAAUCGCAAAGUCUCUUUGCAUCAGACAGUUUAGUGGUUUCAUUAACAUCGAAUUCGAAAGGUACAGGUUUUCUAUCGGGGCAUGUAGAUGGGAAUGUAAUUCGGUUUUACAUCACAAACGAUCACAACGAAGAUGAGGCACAAGGCAGAAUAGCAUUACAUUCAGUUCCCCCUUUUGCACUAGCCUGGCCCCAGGGCCACAUAUUUGUUGCUGGCUGUGACAAAAGGGUCUCUGUUUACAAUAACCACGGCAAGCUAGUAAAAAAUUUUGAUUAUGUUAAAGAUAAAAGUGAACAUGACUUCACAGUGGCUGCUUGUAGUCCAAGUGGACAGGCCGUGGCAAUAGGAAGUUUUGAUCGUUUACGUGUUUACAUUUGGAACACCCGUAAAUCCAUAUGGGAAGAAACUCCUCCCAAAGAAAUUACCAAUUUUUAUACCAUUACUGCAUUGGCUUGGAAAAGAGACGGUUCUAAAGUAACCUGUGGAGGUUUGUGUGGUGCAGUUUUAAUGUUUGAAUCAGUUUUGAGGAGAACUGUGUGGAAGGAUAAGUUUGAAAUAACUUAUGUAGGACCCAGUCAAGUCCUUGUCAAGCCUCUGGACAAAAUCGAAAGAGGUAUUAUUUUGAAAUCUCAACAUGGGGGAGAAAUAGACGAUGUUAAAAUAAUGGGUAAAAAUUGUUAUCUAGUGGCGCGAACGGAAGAUACUUUACUAAUUGCCGAUUUAACUAGAAAUUUAUUAAGCGAAAUACCUUGGAACAAUUCCGGUCGUCAUGAAAAAUUCUACUUUGAAAAUCAAAACGUAUGUUUAGUUUUUAACGCAGGUGAAUUAACAUUGAUAGAAUAUGGGGACAACGACGUUUUGUGCUCUGUUAGGACAGAGUUUGUGAACCCGCAUUUAAUCAGUGUUCGUCUCAAUGAAAGAAAUCAGGUAGUGGAAAAUAAAAAGUUGGCUUAUUUACUCGAUCUGAAGACGAUUUGUGUUGUGGACCUAAUAAGUAGUUUUAUGAUUGGCCAAAUAAAUCACGACUCGAAGAUAGAUUGGUUGGAGCUUAGCGAAACGGGACAUAAACUCCUCUUCCGAGAUAAAAAACAAAGAUUACUUCUCGUAGAUACGGCCACUCAGUCGAAACAAACAAUUUUUACUGGUGUUAGCUUCGUUCAGUGGGUGGAGGGCAGUGAUGUUGUGGUAGCCCAGGCUGGCAAUAACUUGGCUAUUUGGUACAAUAUAGAACUGCCAGAAAGCCCCACUAUUAUGACAGUGAAAGGCGAUGUCGCAGAUGUAGUAAGGAACAAUGGUAAAACUGAGGCUGUCUGUGUCGAAGGCAACAAUACAAUAAAUGUGGAACUGGAUGAAGGCCUUGUUGAAUUUGGAACUGCGAUAAAUGACAACGAUUACAGUCGAGCAAUAUUGUUCCUCGAGAGUAUGGGAACUUCGUCCGAGGCAGAGGCAAUGUGGCACACCCUGUAUUUGAUUGCCAUGAAACAGCAAAAUUUAACUUUGGCAGAGAGGUGUAGCGCCGCAUUGGGAGACGUCGCCACAGCACAUUUUCUGCAGGAGACAUCGAGUGAAGCUGAAAAAUUUGCUAACGAAUAUAAUGAGAUCUCUGCAAAUUCGCCAGAAGUGUGGGCCCGACUUUCAGUUUUGUACGGCGAAUUAGGAACCGCUGAAAACAUUUAUUUGGAACAAGGUAACGUCGAAGGGGCCUUGGAUAUGUACAAGAGACUACACAAAUGGGAUGACGCGAUAAGACUUGCUGAACAAAGAGGAUACGAAAAUUUGAGAGAACUAAAAGAGGAGCACAUGUCAUUACUCCUACAAAGCGGUCAAUAUGAGAAGGUUGGACAGGUUCUAGAGAAAGAAGGAAAAUACGAAGAGGCAUUAAGUAUGUACUUGAAGUCAAAUAAACUAAUACGCGUACCUAACUUGCUAUCAAAACAUACCGAAUUGCUAAACGAUCACACGAUAAUUGCUAAUGUAUUAAAACGAUUAGUGAAACAAGAACUAUAUGAACCUGCCGCGGAAAUAUACGAAAAAUUAGAAAAACCCGAUUUGGCCAUGGAAUGUUACAGAAAAGGCAAACUUUGGAAUAAAGCUGUUGAUUUGGCACGAAAUCUAAGCCCUGAUCAGGUGGUACACCUCGAGGAAGAAUGGGGCGACAGUUUGGUGGAAAGCAAGCAAAUGGACGCUGCUAUAAGUCACUACAUAGAGGCAGGUUGCACACUUAAAGCUCUCGAUGCAGCCGUGGCGGCCCGUCAGUGGAAGAAAGCCGUCCACAUUGUUAAAGUUAUCGACGAUCCUGAUACCGUCAAGAAAUAUUAUGAACUUAUCGCUAAUUAUUUUGCGGGUAUUAAGGAAUUUUCGACAGCCGAAAAAUUAUAUGCCGCCUGUGGUAUGUACAAGGAAGCCGUCGACAUGUAUAAUGAGUGCGGUCAAUGGGAAAAGGCUCAUUCAUUGGCUUCUAAGUACUUAGAUCAAGAAGAAGUAUCAGACAUGUACAUAAAGCAUGCCGAACAGCUUGAGGAAUCGGGAAGGUUCCGGGACGCAGAAAAAUUGUAUUUAUCCGUUAAUUCCCCAGAUUUGGCGAUUGCUAUGUACAAAAAAAUCGAACAGUAUGAUAAUAUGGUAAGACUGGUUGAAAAAUAUCACCCCAAUCUCUUACAAACGACCCACUUACACCUGGGGCAGCAGUUAGAGAGCCAAGGGAAAUACAGAGCUGCCGAGAUCCACUAUUUGGCAGUCAACGAGUGGAAAGCUGCAAUGAACAUGUAUCGAACAUUGGGCAUGUGGGAAGAAGCGUACAGAGUGGCAAAACAAAACGGAGGUCCAACUGCUGCCAAUCAAGUCGCAUUUCUUUGGGCCAGGACCCUACCCAUCGAUUCCGCUAUUAAACUGCUAAAUAAAUACGGGAUCCUCGAACCUUGCGUCAACUACGCCUGCGAGACGUACCAGUUUGAAUUUGCGUUUCAGCUUUGUAAGAACUUGCCGAAUAAGGUAAACGAGGUGCAUUUGAAAUACGCGAUGGCUUUGGAAGAUGACGGGAAGUUUCCCGAGGCAGAGACGGAGUUUAUUCAAGCGGGUAAACCUAAAGAAGCGGUUUUGAUGUACGUUCACGCCCAAAACUGGAUUGGCGCACUACGAAUUGCGGAGACGCAUGAACCCGCCUCUGUUCCAGAAGUGCUGCAGGCUCAGGCGGCGCAGUGCUUUAAAGACAAACAGUUUUCGGAAUUUGAAGUCUUGCUGCUUCGUGCGCAGGUUCCGGAAUUAAUCGUGCAGAAAUAUAAAAGUGAAGAUAUGUGGAUAGAUGCACUGAGGGUAUGCAAAGAUUACCUACCUCAUCUAUAUCCAACGCUUCAAGCCGAAUAUAGUAAUUCUCACCACAAUAAAAUGACAGACGUUAACAUCGAGACAUUAUUAUCCAGGGCGAACGAAUGGGCUUUGGCCGGUCAACAUAGGCAAGCCAUAGAUUGCCUCUUGCAAGUCAACACAAACAUUACAGAACCAUCAAUUGUGAAGAGAGCUCUUCUGAGGGCCGCCGACAUGGUAAACAAGUUUCUAUUCGGGCAGGAAGCCUUAGAUAUUAUAAAAAUUUUAUCUCCGAGGCUGAUCGAAAUAGGAGAGUAUGGGGUAGCUGCACAGCUGUACGUCAGCAUGGAGAUGAUGAAAGAAGCUAUCGAUACUUUUAUAAUCGCCGAAGAGUGGAAUAAGGCCCGGAAAGUCGCCAAAGAACUAGAACCGGCCUACGAGAGCUACGUCGAGAGCAAAUACAAAGAUCGGCUUCUUAAAAAAGGCGACGUUGAGCAACUUGCAGACGUUGACAUCAUCGGAGCACUGGACUUGUUAGCCGAACAAGGCCAAUGGGCGAGAUGCAUCGAGAAAGCCAAAGCCCACAACACCCCGAUAUUACAUAAGUACGUCGCUUUGUACGCCGCGAAGCUACUGAAAGACGGAUUCGUCGUGGAAGCUUUAAACUUGUACUCCGCUCACGGAGCUCCCGCUAUGCCCCAGAAUUUUAAUAUUUACAAUCACAUAGCGACGGAGAUUUUUGGGUCAAAUGAUCUAUCCGGACCGGACAGUUACGUUGUCUGGGAGCAACUUCGGCAGAUGCUUCAAGAAAUCAACGAUGGGUUGGAGGUGGCACCCAACGUUACCACGGACACAAAACUGCACUUUAGAAACCUCUUACUAAUAGCGCAUUACUACGCCCUAAGGACGGCAUGCAGACAGGUGACAUCGCUCAAACCUAUCGGUGUAAAAAUCAGCACUGCGCUUCUGAGAUACACCGACAUAAUCCCAGCGGACAAGGCCUUUUACGAAGCAGGAAAGGACUUGAAAGAAGAGGGAAGACUGUCCGAAGCUUUCGUCUUUCUCAAUCAUUACCUAGACUUGUGCGAGGCUAUCGAGGAAGGCGAGGGUCAACUUGUGGACCAUUCCGAUUUAACUCAAACAGAUUUUCCUUCGAACAUUCCUUUACCGUCCCGAUUGUAUCUCUCCGAAGACACGAAAGAACACGAGAAUAUCAGAGAAUGGGUGUUGGCAAUUAGUAUGGACCAAAAAAUCGACCAGACACUUCCACUGGACGAUAGACAGCUAUAUGAAGCUUCGUUACAACACGGCGACAACCCUUGCAUCGUAACUGGUUACCCUGUACGAAAGCAGUCGGUUUCAUUUUCGAAAACCAAUCUCCAGGCUAAUAAAGACGCCUGGGCCAAACUGAACAUGGGAGCGAAAAUGUCACCCGAUUCCAACGUGGCUGGUGUUAUUUCCUUUAUCACUAAAUGGUGCGGCACACCCAAUUAGGCACCGUUUUCAUAAGUUUAUUUAUCACGAAUUUAUUGUGAAUUAAGCACUAUUGUUACAAGCA